CUCUCUCUCUUUCUUUCUUUCUCUCUUUCUCUCUCUCAACGUUCGAGAAAGUGCAACAUAAACCCUCAAUCCUAUAAAGAUAACCAACCACCCCAACCCCAUGAAGUAAAAAUUAAACUGCCCCCUCCGCCCAAAGAAAAAGAAACUCCUCCUCAAGUUCUCCCUCCUCUUACUUUCUUCUUUCCUUUACCUCUUGCAUCUAGACACUCUAUUAUUUCACCACAAUCAUCAAGCAGUGAUGAUUUUUAUCUCCUUCUUCUAAUUCUCCCUUCAUCCAUGCAUGCCCUAGCUACAAGGAAUCUUUCUUAUAGCUAGUAUAUAUAUUGGAAUAAAGGGGAACAAAAAAAAUUAAUAUGGCUAGUAAUGGUGGUGUUUCUUGCUUUUUAAAGCUAUUCUUCGGAACGCUUGCAGUGAUGGGGUUUAUUUGUGUUUUGUUAGUUGGUACCCUAGAAACUCAAGGAGGGUCGACUAAAACAGCAACCUCAAAGGCGGCAACGCCAGAGUCGUUUUCAGAAAAGCCUGCGGAUGUGGUAGGAAGAGAGAACAAGCUUGUUCAUCCUGAGUUGGAUCUCAACUAUAUGAGCAAAAGAAGAGUUCCCAAUGGACCAGAUCCUAUUCACAACAGGAGAGCCGGGAACUCGGGACGGCCCCCUGGUCAAGCUUAGCCAUUAAAGUGCUUCAAGAAGCUUCAGAAGGAAGGCAGAAGAAGAUGGUGCACAGGAUGGAAAUACAUAUGUCUGCCCUUGGGCUUGUGUAUGUACGUGUUUUUUUAAGAAAAAUAUUUGGAAAUCCCAGCUGUAUGCAUAUGUGCAAGCUUCUUUUUCAGUGACAGAAACGGCUUUGGGAGGUGUUCGGGGAAAUGAAGAUUGUCACUCACACAAAAUUACGUACGCUCUCAAAAGAAUCUAGACAGAAAAAAAAAAAAAA